UGUAACGUCAGCGCGCUGAGUACGGGCUGGCUGUGCCGCUGCUGCUGUGGCUAAGGGCGGAAGAAGUAAUCAUCAACAGUGCUGUUUCUUUCGAAGACCAAUGAAAUGUCGAUAAAAUGGAGCAGCAGGUUAAAAAGUAAUAGAUGGAACUCGUCCUGAAUGACAGUGUGGGAUGCAUUUUUGACAAAUGCUUUUCAUUGCUGCCUUUAUCUUUGGGGUGCCUACUGUGUGGUUGCUGGUGUUGCUUUGCUGUGAUAUCUGCAACAGGUCAAAGGGUCAAAAAAGAUCGUUCUUCAGUCUUCUGAGCCAUUACCUGAUUCACAGGGCUGCAAGUUUCCAGAGUGUUUUGCAGCGACAGAGACUUGAACAGAACACCAAGAACAUUCUGCAUGUGCAGCAAAGCACUCUUCAGCACAGGAUCCGCAGGAACAGAAAUACUGAGUAUGGCAAGUUGUACCAAUUCUCUAAAAUCACGGAUCGUGAGACAUUUCGUAAUCUUCACCCACUGACACGUUAUGUCCAUUAUAAAGAAUACAUUGAGCGAAUUAGCAAAGGGGAAGAAAAUGUGCUGAUUUCAGAGAGGCCAAGUAUCCUGUCUAGGACAUCAGGAACUUCAGGCUCUUAUGCCACAUUGCUGAACACAAGGGAGACAAUGAACGAUUUCCAUCAGGCCUUUGGAGUAGUCUUUCACUCAAUACUUGAUGUCUACCCACGGACUAGAAAUUUACAGUGGACUGCAGCUUUUUAUUAUUCCCCUAACUGGAUGAAAUCGGAAUCAGGAAUUCCAAUUGGCUCCAAUUUCCCCUCUCUCAUGACUUCCAUGCUCAGUUUGACAAUGUAUUCAACACCAGCGGCUGGAUUUGAAAUUGCGACUGAACCUGAGGCAUUGUAUGUUCACCUACUUUUUGCCCUGAAACAUAGAACCUUGGGAAUGCUGGAGGCGAACUUUGCUUCCACAGUUUAUCACAGUUUUACUUUAUUACAGAACAAGUGGGAGCAACUGAUUGAGGACAUUAGGCUGGGUCGCGUCAAUCCCAAGCUGAAGAUUACUAGUGAUGUUCGCCUGAAGCUUGAGGCUCAGUUAAAGCCUGAUCCUCAAAGGGCCUCCGAGUUGGCUGCAGAGUUUGAGAUUGGAUUUCGUGGGAUUGCCCGUCGAGUGUGGCCCCACCUUAACUUGGUGCUUUCUGUGGAUUCUGGCUCACAUGAAUUGUAUGGAAGUCGCCUGAAAUGCUUCUACUGUCAAGGGGUCCCUAUUUACUCUCCAGUUUAUGCAGCCACUGAAGGACUCAUUGGUGUGAACCUAUGGCCAGAGAAGGAAAAACGGCAUUACCUCUUAUGUCCACACUCGAUGUUUUUUGAAUUUAUUCCUGUUGAUCUCUGCAGUGAAGAACAGCCACAAACUCUGUUUCUGGAUGAAGUGAAGGAAAACGAGUUAUAUGAACUGGUAAUCACAAAUGCUUCUGGUUUGUACAGAUAUCGGAUGGAGGAUAUCAUCAAGAUAGUGGGUUUUCACAAUCAGUGCCCAGUCAUUGAAUUUAAAUACAGAUGGGGCCAGUUGUUAAAUGUCAGGGGAGAGAAAAUCCUGGAGGAAACCUUCUAUCAAACACUACUGCGAGCCGUUAGCCUGUGGCCUGGGGCAGUGCUCCUUGAUUACUGCUGUGUAGAGAGUGGCCUUUUAGGAUCAUUUUGUGGCAGCUCAGAUCCUCACUAUGAGGUUUUUGUUGAAAUAAAAGGGGUCAGAAACUUAUCAGAGGAUCAGCGUUACAAGCUGGAUCAAUGCCUUCAGGAGGAUUCAGAGCUGUACCAGUCAUUUAGACGCAAAGGUAGCAUUGGACCAGUGAGAGUUCAUAUUGUGGCACCAGGCAGCUUCAAAGAGUUGAUGGAUUUUAUCAUUGCAAAUGUAGGUACUUCCUGCAGUCAGUUCAACAUGCAUCGUAUUCUGAGGAAAAAAGAAUUUUUAAACUUUAUUCAAAGAAAAGUAAUUUCGUAAAAUCUUUGCUCAUACAUUAUAUUACUCUUAAAUUUGUC